GAACAGGACGCAAGGCGUGGCUGAAAACAUCUAGGAACCGAAAUACCCUAUUAUGGAAGGAAUCCCUCUCACAUAAACUUCCGGUAGGGUGUGUGAAGGAAAAGUGUGUGAGGAUUAUAAAGCGAAUCAAGUUUUCUUUUCUUCGACUCUUUCCAGACGAAAAAUGUCCAAGUCUUUGAAGAAGAUAGUGGAGGAGAGUCGGGAUAAGAACCUUCCAGAGGUGGAGAUGUGCGACAGGGGGAUUUCCAACAUGUUGGACAUCCCGGGACUAUUCACUCUGUCUAACAUCACUCAGCUGGUCCUCAGCCACAACAAGCUCACAGCUGUGCCUGCUAACGUCUCUGAACUGAAGAACCUGGAAGUUCUCAACAUGUUCAACAACCAGAUUGAGGAGCUGCCUACCCAGAUCAGCAGUCUUCAGAAGCUGAAACACCUUAACCUUGGGAUGAACCGCCUGAGCAGCUUGCCCAGAGGAUUUGGUUCGUUGCCAGCUCUUGAGGUGUUGGACCUUACCUACAACAACCUGACCCAGAACUCUCUGCCUGGGAACUUCUUCUACCUCACCACUCUCCGAGCUCUUUAUUUGAGUGACAACGAUUUUGAGGUACUUCCUGCUGACAUCGGGAAGUUGACCAAGCUGCAAAUAUUGAGUCUCAGAGAUAAUGAUCUGAUCUCGUUGCCUAAGGAGAUUGGGGAGUUGGCUCAACUCAAAGAGCUUCACAUCCAGGGCAACAGACUGACCGUUCUGCCUCCUGAACUUGGUAAUCUGGAUCUGACUGGUCCUAAACAGGUGUUUAAAGCAGAGAAUAAUCCGUGGGUCACUCCCAUUGCAGACCAAUUCCAGCUUGGAAUUUCCCAUGUUUUUGAAUAUGUUCGCUCAGAGACCUAUAAGUAUCUCUAUGGCAGACACAUGCAGGCAAACCCAGAACCUCCGAAAAAGAACAACGAUAAGAGCAAGAAGAUCAGCCGCAAACCACUGACUGCAAAGAACAAAUGAAGAGAGAAUAGAAGACGACAACCAAAACUGCUUCGAAGCCAAACUCACUGCAUCUGCAUUUUUUCUUCUGCUUUUCUGUUUAUUAAAAAAAACAUUUAUAGUUACAUUUAAAUAUGCAAAUAUGUGUUUCUGCAUGUAUAGUUUUAAGUUUUGUUUGAAUUCAGCCCAUGUGGAUUUUUUUUAAUCCUUAUUAACUGGUGAGUCUUUGUAUGUGUCAUGUUUUCUUCCAGGGCCUGAACAGAGACUUAACUACUGGUAAUGACUGCAUAUGGACCAGACCAAAGCAAAGUUCAAAUUUUACUACAGUGCCUUCCUUAGGAAGUUGUUUUAUAUGUGGUGGCCCCAGAGAGCAAACAAAGAUUUUCAAUUUGGAGGACAAUAAUAGAAGUCCAACAAAGUGACAGAGUAAACUGGCAGAUAUCAAAGGCCAACAAUGAAUUUCAGUGGGUCUGGCUUCCUCCGGAAAGAAGUCUUGCACCCAGUAGUUUAGGGGAUAGAUAAUGUUAGGUAAAGGAGCUAUAUGUAAGUAUUUUAGUUUAUAACAUAUUGCUACUUUGUACCUCCUGAGCUCAUUUCACAGAGAAUAGAAAAACAGCUACAUUACAUUUGUGCUACUAUCCAGUGAAAACACAGUCAGCAGGUACAGAGUGAUACAUUACAUUCAUUCUAAAGCUUGACACUUCCUAUGCCUCUUUGGUGCUGUUGCUCACCUUUUCUGACUGCAUCGUCUCUGACCAUCCGAAUAUGGAAUAUUAAUGUCAAAUCUGGCAAGUUUAUAUAAUCACACACAGCAGAAUUGUGGAGAAUUUACCUUUGAACACUACGUGGUGUUCAAAGGUAAAUUCACAAAAAUAUACAGAAUCUAUUUCUCAAUCAGUGCCAAAACUCAGAGCUGGACAAGAUAGUAAUGCUAUUUUAUUACAACUAAUUCUAAUGGGUAGUUGCUUAAAAUCUGAAUCGCUAAAUGGUGCAAAAUGUGGCUAAAUAACAUUGUACGCUACUUAGCAUAUUCCUGACAUCAUUCCACAUAUUAGCAUUCUGCUUAGUGUAAUCUGGUGUCAGCCACUCCAUCAAUGUGCUUCUCUCCUACCCUCUGUGCUCACACAUACUAGUUUUUAACACAGAUAAAUUCCCAAUAAAGCUGUUCUCAUUUGUAUGUGAGUAAGAAAGAGUGAUGGGUAAAAAUGCAACAUAUAAGAAUAGAACAGAUGCAGAGAGAGGUGUGCCAGUGGCUGUUAUUUCUUAUUUUAAUAAUUUGACAUUUGUUAUAUUAAAAUUGUUGCCUAUAGUAUGUCUCAGUCGAGAUGGAGAGAAUCUCACCUCUCUGCUGCUACCUCAUUUCACCAUUUAAUUAGAUUCUAACCUGGAAAAGAAUUUCGUCCCUGCAGACACUCAGAAUGCUUCCCUGAUGCUGCUGUUAUGUUCUGGCUGUCCCUCCUCUCCAACACAUUGUUGUGGUUCCAGCUUCUACCCGAUACCACAUUUCUAAUAUGCAGGAAAUGAUGGUUACAGAUACGUUGUUGCUGUACUUCACUCACUUUAAUUACCAUCCUCUUAUACACCGCUUUGUCUUUGUAUUUCCUCAGUAGCACACCCCUUCUCUCUACUGAGAAACAGAAAAAGCUGUUCUGCUCUAUAUAUACUGUGUAACUCAACUAAGAAAAGAGGUGCAAGUGGGAAAUUCGAGGCACACCAUCAAAUGAAUGUCAGCACACCAGCUAUAAUGGAGGUAUAUUGUCUAUAACAGGCUGGUGGGCUGGUGGACACCACAGGCAUUUGAGCAGGAUAGUGGAAUACUCUUCACUGUCAACAAAACGGAGCUUCUGAGCAUCUAUUUCAGAUACGGUUGCUAGUAUUUAUUCAUAAGAGUGAGCAAGCAGGCUCAGUGACACCUGCAUUCAUUCCACUGAUGAACACUUUAAGCCUCAGUUAAACUAUUCUUAAGUUUCAAUCUGUGCCUUCAGUUUCACAUUCUCUUAUUUUUCAAUGCUUUGCUAUGCAUUCAUCACAUUUUAGCAUUUUGCAAAAAUAAUGAAUGUAAUCCAUUUUUUAAAUGCAUUUUGCUUUUAUUGCAGGUCAAAAACGUAGAAAGAUAUUUGUGGUCUUUCCAGUGAACAUAUCGAAUAAAACAGUCACAAGGAA